AUUUUCAGUUACCAUUACUACUGUCAGAAAAAGGUAUAACCAAACAAACAUGGCGGCGCUCACAAAUCGUUUACCAGAGUUCUUGAGACAAGGUGAGGAAGGAUUCAUUCGGUUGGAAAAUAAGGGACUUCAUUGGUAUAAAUCGCUAGUUAAUUUUUUUAAAGGCUUCAAGGAAAUUUCUGUGGCUAUGAUUCAAUUUUCAGUAUUCAUUAAUUCUAGUGAGAUAAAUAGUGAGUUAGAACUGGGCAAUUACAUAACUUAUGUCAUAAGUGAAAGACUGAAGAGUUCAAAGUCCACCGCUCAGCUGUACUUUCCAUUAGCCGUUAACACCUAAAUUCAAUUUUGAAACUAGUUAUUACAUUCGCUUUAAUUUUUUAGGAAAUAUUCUUCUAUGUUAUUAAUAUAAGCCUAGUCCCUUAUGUUAUUUAUGGGUAUGUAAGUGUAGGGAAAAUGAAAAAAGCAAAAGGGCAAAGGGUAACUCGCUAAAAUUCGAUAGCCUUCUUCAGUCAUUUUAAAUUAAAUCAAUGAAGCAAUUUUAUGAAAAGACAUUCUUGGAGAAUGGAGUAAGACUUUGUGGUUUAAUUGGUAAUUAAGAGUUUGAUGAACUCUGAAGGAGCAGUGAUGGAUUGAACUAUUACCAAUUUUCCAAUACAAUUUUAACUAGUAAAAUUAGGUUAGUAAAACAUUAGAAGUAUAUAUUAGGCAUCAUAUUCAUAUCAUAAGUUAUAAACCAGGUUAUCAUAACUAUCUAGACUAGAUUCCUGCCUAUAUUAAUCAUUAUAUUGUUAAUAGAAGUAUUCUAGCCUAUAACAAAUUGAUUUUAAUAUACAUGUAAUUACUAAUUUUUAAUUAUAUUUACAAGAUGACGGAAGUAAAAUCAAUAAAGUUUUAGAUCCUUUGUUUUUUCAAACUAUUUUUAAUUUUAAUCUUAUCAUUUUCUUAUCAUUUCAUGGUCAAAGUCCAAAAACCAAAAGAUAUCAAUAUAUGGUUAACAUUAACAUUGAAAUGGAAGUCAGAUAUUUAAAAAAAAAAAAACUUGUAUUUGAGCGUUAAAACGAAAUAAGCAUCUCAAUUCAUUAUUUUUAUGUUUAAUUUAAUUUUUGCAUAGGAUCAAAAUUAAAGGAUAUGAGUUAAUAUUUCAUAUAUUUCAACCCUCUUUAAGUCAAAACAAUGAUUCUUAACCCUUCUAGCACGGGGCGCGUCUUUUUGCAGUGACCUAUUAAUUUCCUGUGACCCAAACGUGUCUUUUUGCCACUUAGAGGGGUAUCUAAUAUAAACACAAAAAAACAAGGAUAUUACCUUUCACCACAGUCUUGGGCGGAAUGUUUAUUCGUUAUGAGAAUAGUCAAAUUAUAAUUUGCCUUUUAAAUUAUGAAAAUGGACCAAUUACUGAGUUUUUGUGCAGAUCUGUAUUUGUUGUUUUCAUGGGGCUACCUAGCGAUAUUGUUGAUGACGACCUACACCCACUUGAUGAAACCUUUUGUUCUGAAACUAUUAUUGAGCUGUAGAGUGAUUCUGAUCCUGAUGAGGAAGAGGGGAAUAAAAUUGCUGAUGAAAGUUGGGCUACUAUAGCUAAAAAUUUACGCCUACAGGAGCCUGUAGAUUUGACAGGUUUUAAAACUAGUUCCAAUGUAGAUUAACUGAGUAAAAGCGGUAGGGCACUGUGCUAACCAUACAAUGCCAUUGCCAAUGAAAAUCGUGAACAAAACACAUUAGUAUUUUAACACCCUUAUCCGUUUCUGAACAGAUAAUUCUCUACAUGUUAUUAUCAAUUGUUUAAAAUAGAAAAAUUACAAAAUAAUUUGCUAACCUAUCAAAGUUUGGCUCAUUCCAAAAUAAUGUCUGGGGCACGGAAUAAUUAGCAAAAUAAAAGCCGGUACUGAGGCUAUACACAGGAAAAAAGUAGGUCAGUACUAGAAGGGUUAAAACUGUUCAAAAUUAUUAGCCCUUUACAAAAGAUGAGAAACCGAAAUACAACUAUUAAUUAUUUCAUGUCUUGAAUUAACUUUUGUGGAAAAUUUUAUUUUGUAUCAUAGCCUGAAAAAUGCAUCGUUAAUGUCACUGCAAAAUUUGCAGAGUGCAUAUAAAUUACUUGGCCUGCAAAGUUUGCUGGGUGUAUUUAAAUUACUUAACUUAGGUUCUUUAAUAAUCCCAGCAGAUUUAGUAAACCCCUAAAUAACUUUCCUUGAUAAUUGUCAACAUUUUUUUAAAAGCAGUUCUUUAAAUAUAUUGUCAAUAAUGUCAGUUAUCGCUUUUUCAGUUGCACAUCUUUAGAUUGUCUUCCUGAAGUUUCAAUUAAAAAUUAUAUUUAUACAUAGGUUGUUUUUUUAAAAUUGAUUUAGUUGAUAUCAACCAAAGAAUUAUUUUGAAAGGUAUUUAUAAAAAGACAUGCAAGGGGUGGGCAAUAUUACUUUUAUUCUCAUGGCAUUUUGUCACCAAAUUAGACACCUAUGUAAGAAAAUAAUGCAUAUUUACAGAUUUCUAAUACUUUGUUUAGGAGCAUAUUUUCUGCGCUGUCAUAGGUUAUUAGCAACAGAUGUGCCAAAAAUAACAACUCAUUAUACUAUUCAUCCAAGAGAUAAAGAUCCAAGAUGGAAAGGUAAGCAAUUAAUAUUAAAAGAUUGUUGAAAUACUAUUUUUAACAUUGUAACAUUCAGACACCAAUGUAGCUUCAGACAUUCAUAUUACUGUAUCGAUACGUCAUUGUAAUUUUUCUUCUUCUCAUUGGCUGCAGUUUUAUAUAUAUUAUUUUCAUAUAUACCACCACUAGCUCAAAUAAGAUGUCAAGGCCUUCACACACAUCAGUCUAUUACUUCAAGUAACUUGACAUAUAAAUGUAUAUUACAGCUCUAAUCAGCAGAAUCAAUGGGAAAUAAAAAAUCAGUAAUAAUCAAAUCAUAUGUGUCUCCAGAUAAUAGAUUCAUACAAAACCCUUCUUUGAACAUUCUAAGAUCACUCCCUAAUUUUACAUGCUAGCCAAUAUGGCUGACGCUAUAGUCCAAUUCUUUUUUAAUUCAUUAUCUGUAUUAAUCCACCUUGUUAUUUUCUGAUUUAUGGGUGAGUUUUACUCUAUGGUAAACAACCACUUAAUGUCAUGAUGUUACAAACUAGAGACCGACCGAAUUUCGGCUUCGGUUUCGGCGCCGAAAGUGGCCAUUUUAUCACUUUCGGCCAAGUUUUGGUUUCGGCCUAAACUGAAAAGUUAACUUUCUGCUUAAUUUCGGUUUCGACCGAAAGAGAAAAGUUAACUGUCGGUUUUUCUUCGGUUUCGGCCAAAAUUGACUUAGACUUUCGGCCAUCCUGCCGAAAGUGACUCAGGUUUUCGGUCAUUUAAUACUCGGCGAAAGCGAUAUUUAACAACAAAUUAAGCGUCAUUUAAGAACAAAUUUAGCGAUCUUUGAGAACAAACAAAACGAUAUUUAACAACAAACUAAGCGACAUUUAAGAACAAACUAAACUAUCUUUAAAACAAUCUAAGCUAUCUUUAAUAACAAACUAAACGAUCUUAAAGAACAAACUAAACGAUGUUUAAGAUCAAACUAAAUGAUCUUUAAGAAAAAAACAAAUGAUAUUUAAUAGUAAACUAAAUAAUUUAUAAGAAUAAACUAAGGGAUCUCUAACAGAAAAUUAAAUGUUCUUUAGGAACAAACUAAAAGAUCUUUAAGAACAAAAAAGUAAUCGAUCUUAAAGAACAAAAACAAUUAUUUGAGAACAAACUAAGCGAUAUUUAUGAAAAAACUAAGCGAUCUUUAACAACAAACUAAGUGAUCUUUAUGAACAAACUAAACGAUCUUUAAGAACAAACUAACCAAUCAAUAACAACCAACUAAACGAUCUUUAAAAACACAUUAAGCGAUCUUUUAGAACCACAAUUUUUAGUGACCCGGUUUAAAAAAAUAAUAUUUGCAUUAAUCCCCCCGCCCCCCCCCCCCCAAUUUUUUCCAAAUUUUCUCCUACCAUACUAAUUUUUUUUUAAAUUGUAAAGCAAUUUAAAUUACUUUUAUCUUAAAAUGGUAAAAUCCAAAGUAUUCAUUAGAUCAAGGGUCCCAAACUAAAAUCAUCAGAGGGGGGGGGGGGCGCAGGAGGUAGUGUCUGAAUGAGAGUGGGCCGCAUCAAGUAAUCCACAAAAAAGCGAUUACAACUGUUACAAUCUGCUCAACCUUUAUAAAUAACAAUAGAAUCAUUAAGGGUUCUCAAGAACUAGGAUUCACUUUCAUCCGCCUACUCACUAUUGCAUACAAAAAUAUAUAAAAAAUAAUCAGAAUUAGACAGUUGAUGUGAUUCGACUGAAACCGUCGCGGAGAGUCACGUUAUAGAUAAGAGAAUGGGGGAAACAGGCCGGCACAUUACACUAAACUUUUCUGUCAUGUAGCGGGCCGAAAAAUAUUGUCUUGCGGGUCACAAAUGGCUUGCGGGCCGCGAGCUUGAGACCCCUAUUUUAGAUGUUUAUCUAUUAAUAUUCACGAUUAUCUCAUUUUUUAAUAUAAAGAAUGUAAAUAUUUAUACUUUCCCACAUCAUUUUCGAUGUAUGCGGGAAGGAAUUUCAAAAUAUCUUAAUGCUUCGGUUUCGGACGAAAUUCAUUUUUAAUUUUCGGCCUUUUUUCGGUUUCGGCCAGCGUCAUUUUUAAACCUUCGGCCUUUUUUCGGUUUUGGCCGAAAGUCAUUUUAAACUUUCGGCCCAUUUUCGGCUUUGGCCGAAAUCAGAAAAUCACUUUCGGUCGGUCUCUAUUACAAACAUUGUCUCUUUGUUUGCUAUCUGCUAUAUUUUUUAGUCAUCAUAAUUAGCAGUUUAUUGAAACCACAUUGUCAUUUAGAUUUUUUUUUUUUUGUUAAAUGUAACUCAGUUAAUUGUUUUUUUUAUUGCCCUUUAUUUAAAUUAAAUUUCAGUCUUCUUCUACAUAACAAACUAUUUGUCAUUUUAAACAAUUGCACAUCCUUAGUUAAUAUAUAUCUUGUGGAAAUACAUGCAUUGCUCAUGAGUUGCAAAUCGUUAGAGUCUUUUUAAACUUAUGUCUUGUGAACAGGGUCAGUGGCUUUCAGAUUUGUUGCAUUUAUAUUAUUUUUGUUCAUUGUUAAAAUAUUAACAGUGUUAAUUAUCAUUUUCACUUUCACUUCCUUAUUCAUUGAUGUUGAUUUGAACUGGUGUAACUUUUUUAUUUUAAUUUUUUUAAAGACAUGUUAUGAUUAUACCCAAUACAGAUACAAAUAUGGAAAGAUUUACAGAUGCUGUAGAUGUUGUUAUAGUUGGCGGAGGUCCUUCAGGCCUCACUGCUGCCAUUAAACUCAAACAACUUGCAAGUGCCAAUGGGAAGGAGAUCAGAGUGUGUGUGGUAGAAAAAGCUUCUGAGAUGGGUGAGCCAUACUUGUCCCUUAGUAGCUAGGUCCUGGAGGAGGGUAUUUGAUCGAAAAAGAGAUUCAUUCAAAACAACAUUGUUUAUAUUAAGUUGGAAUUACAUUUAUAUGACAUUUUUAUUGAGACCUUGUCAAUAGAGCACUGACUGCCAUUUGAGCAUUUGAACUUCACAUCUAACCAUGAGUCACAUUGGAGAGUCUUGGUACUAUGAAGUAAAAAAACGUUUUACUGAAGAGAGUUCGAUUGAGUGUUAAAUUACUUUGUUUGUCAACUAUUGUUUGAUGUUACAGGUGGACAUACUAUAUCUGGAGCGUGUCUUGAACCUAGGACUCUUAAUGAACUGUUCCCAAACUGGAAAGAGAUGGGGGUCAGGUUAAACAUAUUCUUUUAGAUGUUUUUUUAAAAAAUGUUUUCCUUAUUUUUUUAAAGUGAUUAAUCAUUUAAUUAUAUUAUGUGAACCUUGAAGGAUCUUGCACAUAUUUAAUUUAUUUUCUUUAAAAGAUAAUGGGAUUUAUGUAUGUUGUCAUUAUUAAUUCUUCAAUACUUUUCAGGCACCCAUUACACAAGAAGUUACAUCUGACAAAUUUUAUUUUUUAACCAAACGUUCAAGAAUUCCAGUUCCAAUUUUACCAGGUUAGUUUUGUGUUUUUUCCUCAAUGCUAUAAUCUACAUCAAUAUAAUUUUAUCUUCAAUUGCAGGAGGGUUGAAUAAAUUUACAGCUUUUCUGAAACCAUUUAGUUUUCACUUGCCCACUGAAAAAUCGGUCAUACAGUGCAACUGAUUGUUCUGAAAGCUAAUUUUAUUUUUUUAAACAUUUUGUCUAAACUUGUCCAGCAUUUAUUACUUCUUAGUAACCUAAUGUGAGCACACUGCACUUAUUGUGUUACAUAUACCUUACACUUUAAAAAAGAAUAAGAAAAUGUAUGUAUUUCUCUCUCUAAGACAUCAAACGUAUUUGACACCAUGCUUCACAUUUUUGGGGGGAUAUAUUUACUUGUCCAUAGGUAUGCCCAUCCAGAAUCAUGGCAACUAUAUCAUACGUCUGGGCAAGUAUGUGGGGUGGCUGGCUCAGCAGGCAGAGAGUCUGGGAGUGGAGUUAUACCCAGGGACUGCAGCAAGUGAAGUAAGAGUGUCUUUAAACAGCCAUAUCCUUCUAAUACAAAGCUGGAUGAUUUUAACAUCUUUGUCUCAAGCUCAUUAAAUAAUUAUCAUUUCAAUUUUAAUUAAAACAAGUCAACCUAAAUACAUUUCUUCAUGCUUUAUUUAAACAUUCAUUUAUCGUUUUGGUUUUUUUUUCUGGUUUUUUUAAAUUGAUUACCAAUAAAUUCAAGAAGAAUUUGGGAUGAAGCAGUAUUUCGAAUGCUCUAAUCAAGGUUCUAUACCAUGACGAUGGCAGUGUGAAGGGAAUAGCUACUAAUGAUGUAGGGAUAGCCAAGGACGGUUCCCCAAAAGUAAGUGUGCCCUGGUUUUAUAUAUAAGACAAAAAAAAUAAUAAAAAUGAAAUAUUGGUGACCUACUUUAGCAAAUUUUCAGCCCACUUUUAAGGAUUGAAUUAUUUUUUAAAACACAGUCUGUUAUAUAACAUCUAAUUUAAAAUAUAAAAUCUUUUUUUGCUUUAUUUCUUUGAGGAUUCCUUUCAAAGAGGUAUGGAGCUGCAUGCCAAGGUGACCAUGUUUGGAGAAGGUUGCCAUGGGCACCUGUCUAAAACAUUGUUCAAACAGUUCAACCUGCGCCAGAACUGUGCCCCCCAAACUUAUGGUAUAGGUUUGAAGGAGCUCUGGGAGGUUGACCCAGCCUUGCACAAACCUGGCAGGGUAGAGCACUCUGUUGGAUGGCCUUUUGUAAGUUUUUGAAGUACAUGUAUCUGUUUCCCACCUCUUCACAGAUUGUGUAUGGAAAUAUAUUUUUGAAUAUGCAGACUAUUUGUUAUACCAAGGCUAUUUUAUAUUGGGUUUUUAGAUUGAAAUGGAAUAAUAAUUUCUUUUCUGUAAAUAUUAUUUCCCGCCAUGUUUUAUUGUAUAAAAGUUAUGCCAUUUCAGGACAAAGACACAUAUGGUGGAUCUUUUCUCUACCACUUGAAAGAUGAUGGAGCACCUUUGGUAUCUGUUGGCAUAGUUGUAAGUUGUAAGACAGGUGUAAUAUUUUGAUUGUUUGAUGAUACAGUUCGGACUUCUUGUGCUUUUUUUUUUUUUUUUCAAAAGUAAAUUAAUUAUUUUUGAAAACGACCUGCUUGAUAGAAGAUGCAAUUACGUGACACUUCUUUUUCUGUAGGUUGGUUUAAACUACUCUAAUCCAUAUCUGAGUCCUUUCUUGGAGCUGCAGAGAUUCAAAACCCAUCCUAGCAACCAAAAAUUAUUUCAAACCAUUUUGAUUGUUUGAUGAUACAGUUCGGACUUCUUGUGCUUUUUUUUUUUUUUUUUCAAAAGUAAAUUAAUUAUUUUUCAAAAAGACCUGCUUGAUAGAAGAUGCAAUUACGUGACACUUCUUUUUCUGUAGGUUGGUUUAGACUACUCUAAUCCAUAUCUGAGUCCUUUCUUGGAGCUGCAGAGAUUCAAAACUCAUCCUAGCAACAUAAAAUUAUUUCAAACCGGCAAAAGAAUAGGCUACGGGGCCAGGGCCCUCAACGAAGGUGGUUACCAGGUAAUGCUUUACAGUUUCUUUCUAACCUACAGUGUCAAGCACACUUGGUUCCAUCAUUUUAUACCGGUGCUCACCUGGAGGAUUCUGUGAGUUGUUAAAGUAGGUUAUCAGGACUGUUGUGAAACAUUGGCUCAGCAUUUGUUCAUCAGGUUCCUACUGGUAUACAGCGUUAACUGUCAAUAUUUACUUGUUGGCGAGACUGCUGUUUAUACACUAACAACAGCUGUGACAGCAUUAAAUGGCAGUGUAAUGUAAAACAAGGGUCGGCAACCUAUGCCCCUGUGUAUCAGACUUAACAGGCACAACGAUUUUCAUUGGCAUGCGGAAGACCAAACAAAAUAAUUAUAAAUGACUAAAAGUGUAUCUUAAAUGGAAGACUUAUUGCUUAUUGGCAUCCUGAAUGAAUGAGAAGUCUUACUUUGGGGCACUGAAUUAAUUAGAAGUCUUACUUUGGUAUGUUAAAUGAAUUAGAAGUCUUAUGUUGGCAUGCUAAAUGAAUUAGAAGUCUUACGUUGGCGUGCUGAAUGAAUCAGAAGUCUUACUUUGGCACGCUGAAUGAAUUAGAAGUCUUACUUUGGCUAGCUAUAUCAAAAGGUUGCAGACCCUUGAUUAAUUUUUUUAAAUUUAAAAUGUUUUGAAAUGAAAUCCAACAGUUGCACCUGAUGCAAUUAACACCUGCCCGAUGGUUGUGAAUAAAUGUGUCAUUCGCGGGGUCCGAUGGAUGCAUCAAGUGCGUCCCGGACACACCUCUCUCAUUUCUAUUUAAAAAUAACCUCGAAAUCUCAUGUCCCUCAAGACUUCCAGUUAUGGAAUGAUUUGAAUUUAAAAACCAGCAGUUUUUAUCUUGUCUCACUUUAAUUUUUGUCAAUUUUUAGUAUGGUGCGUCUAUAUAGAGCAUAUGUUGGUCAUUGUUAAUUAUUUUUUUGCUGUUAAAAUUAUAUUUUUAUUAAACCUUAUUCAUUUCGGGAUGCAUUUAUCCUUAAUUCAUUAAUUUUAUGUUAUAUUUUUCAGCUUAACAAAUAUUUUAUAAAUGUAAAUCAAUUGCAAAAUAGGAGUUACUUCCUUUUCUCAGGAAUAUAAAUUAAGUACAGAAGUAGCCAUUACAUUGAGAUUGAGUUAAUUUCAGAUACUCAAAUUGAAAUUUCUAAACAUGAUUGCAUCAUCAAUUUUCCUAGCCUGCAGCAAAGAAAUUCAGAAUUAAGUAAAAAAGGGUCUAGGUCAUAAUGAUUCAUUAACUUUUAUGUUAACAUUUUGUUUUAUUUAAUUACAUUUGAUCAUUGCUUCUUGUGUUCACCUGUCCAGAGCAUACCCAAGUUGACUUUCCCUGGUGGCUGUCUCAUUGGCUGUAGUCCAGGGUUCCUCAAUCUGCCCAAGAUAAAAGGAAUCCACAAUGCCAUGAAGAGCGGUUUGGUAGCCGCUGAAGCUGUCUACGACACAAUAACAGAUGAAAAACAAGUGUCCAGCUCCAAAACUGUUGGUGAGAUUCUGUGAGGAAAGUGUGCAGCAUAGAGCAUGUAGAAGCAUAUUCAACAAUGAAAAAAAAUUCUCACAAAAAUGUCUUCUACAUUAUUCGCUUCAUGCUUGACUUUUAACAGUCUUAUAUCUUCAGGUUUAGAACCAGUCUCCUAUGAGGAGAGAAUGAGGGCAACUUGGACAUGGGCUGAGCUGAAAUCUGUUAGGAAUGUAAGGCCAUCUUUCCACACACCUCUAGGACUGUACAGUGGCUUGUUAUACACUGGAGUUGUGUAUUAUCUGUUGAGAGGCAAGGAACCAUUCACGUGGUCCAAUGGAAGUAUGUGACAAUGUGUCGAGUUACUCUUUUGUAAAACAUCUCUAAAAAUUUUGUCAACUUGAUAUAACUGGGUUUUUUUUGCUGGCAUAUUUUUCUUUCUUGAAUUGUUAAAGGGCUGCGGUAAUUAACAUGGUUAUUAUUAUCUCAAUGCUUAUUCACUCGUUAGUAAAAAACAAAAAUAAUCAUUACAUUGUUUAAGAUUUUACUCCUACUUUAUGGGAGCUCAUACUCAAGAGUAAUUUAGAACAUCUGUACAUUUUAAAAUGUAAGCUAAUUUCAUAUUCACAAAAAUGGUUUUCUAAAUUUUCUUGAACCCAAUGCUAAAAUAUUAGAGAUGUUUUUUUUUCCCUUUUUAUAAAAUGUAAACAGUGCCCCUUGUAAGUUUUGUUUACCAACCUCAGUUCCAGACCAUGAGAGGAUGAGGCCUGCCAAGGAAUGCAAGCCCAUCACCUACCCAAAGCCUGAUAACGUGGUCACCUUUGACCUGUUGUCUUCUGUGGCCUUGACCGGCACCAACCAUGACCACGAUGAGCCCCCCCACCUGACAUUGAGAGAUGACAGCGUACCCAUGGCCAGAAACUUUGCCAUCUUCGACGGACCCGAGCAGAGGUUCUGUCCAGCUGGUGAGCUCAGUCUUUCACCCUUGAGUUGCAAGAUCAUGAUCCUAGAUUGAUGAUAUGCUUCAUGUUCACAUAACUACUGUGAAAUUAAUGUACUUCCAUGGGUUGUAUCAGAACAGGCUUAUAUAACUAUUGUGACAUGAUUUAACUGUCAUUCAUUGUAUCAGGUCUUGCAAUUAUUUUCAUUUGUAGAUUCAGAAUUUGUGUUGCUAUCGCACUUUAGAAGAUCAAAUGAAUAUGGUUAAAUCAUCAGAGUUCCCUUUGAAUUAAUCCCAUGUCUACAGUUUUUCCACUUUAAAUAGAUUUUCACUUUUUUUUUAAAGUAAUUGAAUUUUAAUAAUUUAUUCAAUACUUAAAUAUGGAAAUAUUUUGUUUUUAAAAACAACAAAAUGAACAGAAUUAGAAAUGCAGUUAGAAUAGUUCAUUGUCAUUUUAUCUCCAGCAGUCAUAUAGGUCAAUGCAGAUUUUAAAUAUUAAAAUAUUAGGUCUGUUUUUUUGUUUGUUUUUUUGUUUUGUUUUUUUAGUUAAAGAUAGUUGGCUAUUGUUUCAGCUCUCAUAAAUUAUUGUUUAAAUUUGAUAUUAAUUAAUGCUGAAAAUUUUUUGUCAUUUCCAGGCGUAUAUGAGUAUGUUGAGAAAGAAGAUGGCAAGGGCCAUAGGUUACAGAUCAAUGCCCAGAACUGCAUCCACUGUAAGACCUGUGACAUCAAGGACCCCAGCCAGAACAUCAACUGGGUGUGUCCGCAAGGAGGGGAAGGCCCCGCCUACAACGGCAUGUAACAGUUACAGAUGUUGAACUCUGCUAAUGUUUGUUGUGAUCAGCUCCCAGGGAUAAAUUUUUACAAUUAGCUCAGUUAAUUUUCUGCUAUGUAGAAAAUGUUUGCUUGAAAUGGUCUUAAAUGUUGCAGCUGAUUGUUGUUGUUUUAAAGGUUUUUAUAACAGUGGGGUGUGUUCUUUAAAUGAAAGCACCGGUACCAUAUCUUGGAUUUUGAAAAUAAAGACAUUCUAUUGAUCAGGUCAUAAUAUUAGGGAGGUUUAUUUAUAAUCUAUGCAAAAUUUAUUUCUUACCACCAAAUAUAUUCGUGUGAGCCAGCCAUAUUAUAUUUAAUUGUAUUUAUUUUUGUUAUUUUUAAAAUCCAAUAUCGAUGCUCCUGCAAAUUUUCUAGCCCCAGCCCUCUUAUGUUUUGGUACAAAUGAGAAUCUUCAGCUCUGUUCAAAUAUCAGUUAUCCUCACUUUUUCUGUAUGAAUCAAAACCACGUCAGCAGUAAACUUCAAAUGUGGCACAGUAACCAAGAAAAUAAAUGGUUGUCAUAUACCCUGGCAUAUUUCCCUGAAAGCACUCAAAGUGUACCUUAAGUAAUUUGGACAGGAAUGUGUUAAGAUAUUCUUAUUGUCUUAAAAUUUUUGCAUACUUAUACAUUUGUCAAGAAACCCGCUCCCCUGUGACAAAAAUUGUCCUGAUCUGACCUAUUUCAAAUGCACUUUGGUGCUUGUAAAGAUUGAAUUGUCCCGUGUCAUUUAGUAAGGGGAUAAACAAUAAAUAUAAAUAUUUCUAAGUAUUUUCCAAUUUGUAAAAUAUCCCUCAAAGCCUGUUAUUUGCAUGAUUCAAAGUCCAGCCAAUCAGAGCUGAAAUUGUAAUCAAGUUUAAUUACUUUUUUUAAGACGGAUGAAAAGAAAAAGUCUACUCUGGAUGCACACAACACAACUCUCAGAACAAAAUUGUCACCCCAGUUGAAAUGUCAUUCAUAUUUUCACAAUCAAUGUCAAUUGUUCAUCAUUAGUAAGACGAGAAGUAAAAUAUUGUGUCCAUUCUGGUGGAUAGAUGGUGAUUUGAAAGAAAACAAAAAUCACUGUUUGUUUUAAAAUUGAAGUAAAUUAUUAUUAUAACCUAAUUGCCAAAGUGUCCUUUCAUAAUUAUUAAUUUGUGAAAAUAGUUCAAACGCAAACUCUUGCCAUUUUUCUAAAGAGCCCAUUUAUUGCUUCCUGCUGAUAGGGAUGCCAGGUGUCCAGUUUUGAAGCUGACCUGCCUGGCAUUUCAGCAGCCUGUCUCAGAAUAGCAUGUGGAGCUGCCCACUGUCUUUUUAAAAGGUAUAUAGCAGCCCUUCCUGCAGAUAACAUUUUUUUUUUUUUGUGUGGUGGGAAGUUUUGGGGGUUUUUUUUGUGUGUGUAACUUUUUUUCACUCUCAGCUAACUGAAAGGUGCAACUUUUAUCUAAUUUGUACAUUUUGAUCUUCUUUUAUAAAGGUCCGUUUAAGAGCAGUUGUGUGAUAAUUAAUUUCAUCUUAUUAUUUGUUUAUCAUAAAGUUGAACAUUGCUUUGUAAUUGGUUUGCUUUACUUGUAAGCGUCAUUGUUGUUUUAUUAAAAACUUUUGGGACUCGCCUCAUGUUUUUACUACACCAUUUCCAGCUGAAUAAACUAGUAACUCACAAAAUGUCUGUAGAUUUCAUUUGUCCAGGUGUGACACAGAGAGGUAAAUCAACAACAUGUUAAAAAAAAAUAUGAAGCCCAAUAAAUGUUAACAAUUCACUUGAUGGUGCAUGAAUUAAGAGAUUUUUUAUGUGCUACAUAAAUUUUCAUCCUCUUUCACCACUGCAAAAGUGUGUAUGGUCGUGACCUUUCAACUUUAGCUUUAAGAAAGGUCUAUUUUUAUCCUAUGAGUUUUACCCUAUUGAACAGUGCCUGCAUUUCAUUGUUUGUUCCUUUGAGAGCUAAUUUGUCACAUUUUUCAAAGCAGAAUCUGAUUGUGACAAGCAUUUUCUACUGCACAUAAAGAGAACAUCAAUUCUUGUGAAGAUUUAAUAAAACCCUAUGAGUUCUAAAUGGUAAUAGAAGGAAUUUGAUUUUUUUUAUUGUGUUUGCAAACAUUUGCCUAAAAGAUAAAAUCUCCUAUUGACAAGUUUAAUGGUCACAAUGAAAUGUGUCAUGGUACAUGUAUGAAUGACCUAUGACCUGUUAUGUACUGUACUUGAAAUUGAGUUGCUUGGCUGGCUGCUUAUGAUCAUUUCCUGUUGAUUUUAACAGCUUCAUUUAGAUAAUAAGCCACACAACAUUCUUGCUACAAAAUGUGAAACUAGUCUGGAUUUUUAACUGCUUACGCUUUAUUUUUGUAUUUGGCUAACUAAUACUUCAUUUUUUAAAGACUUUUUAAUUAAUUGCAAAAAAAACUAUUGAAUUGUCUUUUAUUUGUUAAUAUGAUUACUCUAUCACUGGGGGGGGGGGGUAAUCCUAGGCCCCAUAAAUAUUUACCAGUCAAUGUUUAACUUCCUAACAUUGUCACUUAGUUUUUUUAAAUUGAGACUACCUUUGUGAAAGUGAUACCUUUAAUAUCAUUGUGAAAAUGGUGAAUAUUCUUUUCAAUAUUUUUUGGAAAAUCUUCAACGGAUGCCAUCAACGGACUCUGCAAAACAAAUAAUUAGAAUUAUUUGACCAAUAGAAAAAUAUGACAAUUUUUAAAAGGUUAAUGUCCCUUAUUAUGCUUUGUAUCUUAAGGUCGACAUUUUGUUUUAAAGGUCCAUCAUAUUUAAAUUAUGUUGAGAAUUGUUAAACUAUUUUAAAAAUCAAAAGAUUGUAAAUGUUCAUGUGACACGUUUCUUUGGAUACUUUGUAAUGGGACUCAGUAGUCACUGUCAAUGAAAACUGGAACAGGCUUGUCUCUAUCAAUGAAAAAAUGGGACACAGUAGUCACUGACAAUGAGAAAUAUAACACAGCAGUCACUAAAUAUGAAAACUGGGACAUAGCGGUCACUGACAAUGAAAACUAGGUUAAAAUCAUCUUAUAUGUCUUGGGCCUGAAAUGCCUUGUCUAAUUGAGUUAAUGCAUGAUAUUGAUAAUAAUUGUGAAAGAGAUAUUUGUUUAAAAGGAGAAAACAAUACGACAAGACACAUAUAUUUGACUUAUGUGAACAAAUUGAUGUGUAUGCCGUCAAUUGAAAUUUAUUAAAUAUCAAGUCUCCCAUGAGAAAAAAAGGUUAAGACAUGACGGAUAUGAUUUUAAUUGCGAUUGGGUGCUCUAGCUAAUUUUAAAGUAAUUGUAUGUGUUUCUAAUUAAGAUUACAUUGUAUUUAUUAUUUAGUUACUUGAUUGCAAUGACUGUUAAUCAAGUUUGUUUUUACUGUUAAAUAUGUGAAGCAUUAUAAUGAUGUUAUCAAAU